CAAAUUAACGCCUGUGCUAGGGACAUUGAUACAAGAAGAAUCACAUCGAGUAGUUCAGUGAUAUGGGGGUUUUGCUAAAAAGCAUCGGAUUGGUCAGUAUAUUGCACUGUUAUCUUCAUAACUCGUACUGCCACUUUCGAAAUUCAAUACGGACGAGGCAUCUCCAUCUUUUAGUCUCACAAGCGACAGGGUCAAUCAAAGACUCGUCUCAAUCAGAGACACCAAUGGUAUCAGAACCUCGUGAAUCCGCAGUGCAAGAAGCUCAUUACAAUCUGACUACUAAGAGAAAUCAGGAUAAGAAUACUACGGAAGAUGCGGACUUCAAUUUGCUGAAGAGGAUGUUGGCGUCUAAAUUGAAUUUAAUGUUUGUGGAUCUUGAUCAUCAUAUCGGAAGUCGGUUCUCGGUCAACACCCUAUUCAAGGAAGUUCAGAAAGGCAUUCAUGAAAUCUUGCCCAACUAACUCAAUCUGCAUCGGACGAGCACGCACGAUCCCAAUCAACUUCAUGCUUGAACUCGCACGUACUUCAAGGACCCGUGAUCAGUCACCAUUGUUGAACACAUACAAGGACACAGACAGUACCAAUUGUGUCAUCGGAUGUAAAAUUCCCGCAAGCGAUAUCGAAUGAUUUCAGACUGUCUCAUCCUAGGACUUGGCCGAAAUUAAAGGUACAGCGAGCAUCAAAAGUUGAGAACGAAAACGAGAACAGACCCAUGUGUGAAUCGGUCGAUGUGGUCAAGGCCCAGGGUUGUGAGUUGACUUUCAAGAUGGUGGUACCAAACUCUCAUCUGUCUUCUGGAAGUCGCUCACCAGCCCCAAGACAUAAUCACAUUUAUUCAAGUGAUCGAAGUAAGCUAAGGAUCUUUUUUCUGUACCUUCUGUCUUCAUUCUGUUCUAUCACAGUUAGAUCCACUGUCCACCUUUUCAUUUCGAUUUUGGAUCUUUCUCUCUAUCCUUAUUUAUUGAAUCAGGGUGGGUUGUUUGUCCUUCAUUGAUCAGUUCCGACUUGAUUUAGAGCAUCCACUAUGGUGGAAGGGUUUUAUCGUAAAUUUCGCGGUCCCGACCGCGAAAUUUGAUCAUGCGUGUUUUACCUAAGUUGGUAACCGCAUGAAAUCGACUAUGGGAUGAUGUUAGGUGUGAUUUAUCGUAGAUAAAUCACUGUGAAUCAAUCAGAUCCACAGUGGUUUGAUUUUGGAACGAGUUAAAUAAUUAAACUCCCAAAAACCGCCGGUCUCCUUCCAAUGCCUACCUAUGCAAGACAACAAAUCAAUGCUCUUUUCGAGUCU